AUGCCAUCUACUCUUCACCCGAACCCCCACCUACCUCUCAAGAGGGCCUUUACCAGCAAAAUCCCCAGCCCGCUUUCUAAAGACGACGAACUCACCCAGGAGAUGCCUCGCAGUCAUAUUGAUUUCCCAGUCUUCGGCGACGAAGAGUCUCCAACCGAGCCUAACACUCCAUCUGAAUGCAGCAUCCCUGACACGCAGGCCCCUGAAUCACAACUGUCCGCUCAGCCAGAACAAGAUGAGAAGCUCGACGAAGAUGAUGUCAAUCCAGAACGAAGUCUUGAUUCCGAAGAACCUGGAGAGAUAGGUGAAGAGGAGCAGAACAGCGAUAAAGUGAAAGCCGCCAUGGUUCAGCAACUCUUUGACAUGGAGGAAAAUGAUAAGGGGAGCGAGGACAGCAUGAUUCCUGCUCCAAUGGAUGGUGACGUCGAAUUCGACUCAGAUGAUGAGACGGCAGUUGAGUUCGCCGACGACGACUCGGAAUUGGACUUGGGAGGCGAGCUUCCAGAUAACCGCGCUCCCUUGGUGGAUGCCGUUGCUGGACCACCCAAGACUCCACCCAAGACCGCGACACGCAACAAGCCCGCUCCUCCCAAACGAGAUGAGACUGAGCUCUCCCCUGGUAUAGAGGACUCACAGCCCAGCGCUCAAGAUGCACAAGACCACUGCAAGAAUGACCACCCCACCACCCACCCCACCACCCAGCCACAGCCACAGCCACAGCCACAGCCACAGCCACAGCCUCGCCAAGCCUCCUGCCCUAUUUUUCUCUUCAUAAUCCCAUCGCCGCCCACACCCACCUGCUCACCUGCCUGCAUCCUUUGUCUUCACUCACCUCUCACCUCUCCCUCGUCUUCAUCACACUCGCCUCUCGCCUCCCAUCUCCCAUCUCCCAUACCCAACGACAAUUCCUCCAUGUUCGGUGCGCGAGGGCCUGGGUUGGCACGGGCUCAUAGAUCCCCACUGCGGUACGGUUGUUCUGUGCUGCGGACCGCGAAAGAGUCGUGAAGAGUCGCAGGAUAUCAUGCGAUUGGCUAAUUAUAUUUAGCGUCGCUUGGCGGGUGCAGCGCAGGCAGGCAUUGUUUCAUCCCUUCCGAGUGGGAUAUA